AUGAACGGCCUACCACCAACUCCAUCGCAGUGGCAGGAAGCACGCGCGCCCGACGGCCGCGUCUAUUUUUACAAUGUGGUCACGAAAGAGACAACAUGGUCCAAGCCGGCAGAGCUCCUGACCCCUCUCGAAAAGGCGCUUGCUGCCCAGCCGUGGAAAGAGUAUACUACACCUGAUGGCCGAAAAUACUACUCAAAUUCCGAGACCAAGCAGACAGUAUGGGACAUGCCCACUCCAUAUCGAGAUGCCCUCAAUUCUGUCCAAUUGCCCCCCAAACCAGUCCAACAACCGCCUGCUUUUGUGGCUGGCGGCGUCACGGCACUUUCUUCCUUGUCGAACCCUCGCGACCGAGACCGUGACCGUGAUCGUGACCGCGAUAACAACACGCCCUUUGAUUCAAAAUCACGGAAUGACUUUGGCGGCGCCGGUGGGAUCGCCCUGCCGUCGCUCGCCAGAGAAGUGAUACCCGACUAUUCAAGUUUCGAGGAGGCGGAGUCUGCGUUUAUGAAACUGCUCCGGAGGUCGAACGUCCAACCCGACUGGACCUGGGAGCAAACCAUGAGGGCCACCAUCAAGGAUCCGCAAUACAGAGCGUUGAAAGACCCCAAGGAUAGAAAAGCGGCUUUUGAGAAGUUUGCCGUCGAGGUUCGCCAACAAGAACGGGAAAAGGCCAAAGAAAGACUGGCUAAGCUACGCACAGAUUUUAGCAACAUGCUGAGGACGCAUCCUGAAAUCAAAUACUACAGUCGAUGGAAGACGAUAAGACCAAUCAUCGAGGGUGAAACCGUCUUUCGAUCCACAGACAACGAGGACGAGCGUAAGCAAUUGUUUGAAGAAUACAUUGUCGAGCUUAAGAAGCAGCACAUUGAACAGGAAACCGCCACCCGAAAGUCGGCGUUGGACGAUCUCGUGGCCAUCCUCAACGCGCUCGACCUAGAACCUUACACCAGAUGGUCGCAGGCCCACGAGAUCAUUCAGUCCAAUGAGAGGUUUCAGAGCGAUGACAAAUUCAAGCUUCUGAGUAAGUCGGAUAUCUUGACGGCUUUUGAGAACCACAUCAAGUCGCUCGAGAGAACCUUCAAUGAUGCACGUCAGCAGCAGAAAGCCACUAAACUGAGACGCGAGCGACGGAAUCGCGACAAGUUCCAGGAGCUUCUUCAAGAACUUCGCACUCAGGGAAAAAUCAAGGCAGGGACCAAAUGGAUGACUAUCCUGCCAGAUAUUGAGGAAGAUCCCAGGUAUGUUGCCAUGCUGGGCCAGUCUGGAUCGACACCGCUGGACUUGUUUUGGGACAUGAUAGAGGAGGAGGAACGAGCCCUCCGUGGACGGCGGAAUGCUGUGUACGAUGUUCUCGAGGACAAACGAUACGAGGUUACCCCGAAAACCUCUUUCGAUGACUUCUUUGAUGUUAUGCUUACUGAUCGCCGAACAGCCAACAUCGACCGCGAUGCUCUUCAACUUAUCUUUCAGCGGUUGCAUGACAAAGUGCUCCGGAGAAGCGAAGAUGAAAAGCAUGCCGCAGACCGUCACCAACGGCGUGCCGUGGAUGCGCUGCGCUCGCGUAUCAAACAUCUCGAGCCUUCGGUUCGCCUCACCGACACCUGGGAGGACGUGAAGCCUCGGGUGGAGAAAACAGAGGAGUACCAUGCCAUAGAACGUGAAGAUCUGCGCAGGUCUGCAUUCGAUAAAGUCAUUAAGCGGUUGAAGGAGAAAGAAGAGGACGCCGAGAAAGACCGGGAACGGAGACAAUCCCGGCGCGGAGAUGAUCGAGAUCAUCGAAAUGGCCACCGCACAGAGCCAAGGCAUAGUCGGGUUUCCAAAACCCCUGAAGUCGACCCCUACGAGGCUGAUCGGCGGAAAGCCAUGGCGGCUCGAGAGAAGCAAUACCGCAAGGCGAGCUCGUUGGGAUUGAGCCCGCCGCCGUCAUCUUAUAGGGACCGAGAACGAAGAGAACGGGAUGAACGACAUGGCCGCCUGGAUCGUGAUCGAUCGCCCCCUUCACGGCACCUGAGCUCAUAUGAACGUGAGCGGCGUGAGCGCGAGGAAGAACGAGAACGCCUGUACCGGCUGCGUGCAGAACCACGAAGCAGUAGGGACGAGCUCAACUAUGGCGAAGAAUCGCGCAGUGUGGCGGGAAGUGAGCGACGCCGAAGACGAGGCGAUGGUAGUGAUGUUGAGAGCGUCGAGAGCAGCCGCCCCAGUGCGAAGCGCCACCGUCGCGACCGACCAGAUGGUUCGGGGGACAAGCGGAAGAGCAAGACGCCCGAGCCGGACAGGAAAGAGAUUAAAGAGACGAAGGAGGCAAAAGAGGCGAAAGAGGCGCAGCUGUCCGAGGCUGGUGUGCAUUCUGGCAGCGAAGAAGGCGAAAUAGAAGAGGACUAA